AUGAUACAUCUGCCUGCCCCCCCCCCUACUCCCAUCUCGUACUCCACCCCCCUGCUUCUCUGCUUGUCCAACCCUGCCCUCUCCAACCCCUCCGCUAUCGUCGUUCGUUACGACGACGACGACGACAAUCGCGUUUUUCGCCCCCCCUUCCCCAGAGCGACCAAGGAAUCGGACGACUUCUUCAAAAACGACAAAUCGCAGGAGGUUGCCAGGGAGAGCAAGGUCCUCGAGGGCCGGCUCAGCGAGAUCAGGUUGGGCGUCGAGGAGGAGGAGGCGGCGGUCAAGGCUCUCAGCAGCCAGCAGCAGGAGCAGAGCCAGAUCGCCGUCAAGACCGCACAGAUCGAAGACGACGAGGGGAGGCUGGACGAAAGGGUCAAGGCAGAGCCGGCGUUCGCGAACGCCUCCGUCAGCAGCCCCCCUCAGGACGUCACGGAGGCCUCCCUGGGGUCGGUGGCGACGGAGCUCAGGAUGGCGUCGUCGAAGCUGGAGAGCGACCGCGUCGACAAGGCCAGGCAGGUCAUGGACCUGCACCGUGAGGUCGCCAACAACAACACCAACCUGGUCAACACCAAGCGCGAGAAGUCGCGAGUGCAACUCCGCCUGGGCGAGCUUUUGAGAGCGGUCAAGGUGGUGGAGGACAGCAUGAGGGGGUUGCCUGAACCCCCCGGCGAGACGCUGGACGCGGCGAAGCACUAUGACUGGGAGCACGAGGAGCUGAUACGGAUCCAGAACGACCAAGUAGCAGAGUCGCGGGACGAGGAACAAACCAAGCAGAAGGUGGCAAGCCACCAGGCGUGCAUGGCAACCAUCCAGCAGUUGACGAACGUCGCUGAAGAGUGGAGGGAGCGCUUCAGGCUUUCCUCUAAACCGGCAGAGCUAGAGGAAGAGCAGUACACGUGCGACGGCGCCCCUUCUAAGACGAGGCUCGAGCAGGAGGGGCGUGAGAAGAAGCAGGAGCUGGAGAGGGAGGAGAAGGAGGAGAAGGAGCUCUUGGCCUCGAGGAAGAAGGUGGACGAGGACUUGAGGGAGGUGGAGAAGUGCGCAGAAGAGGCCGCACGCAUCCAGGCUCUCCGCGUCGAGGUGGAUAUGACCAAGAAGAAGCUGCAGAGGCGAGUGGCUUAG